CUUGCCGCCGCACUCGUCCAGUAGUCGGGCGUUGUUGUCACGGCGUCUGCCAUUUUGACUAGGGAUAUUUUGCGCGGAAUACAUGGUGUGGACUGGCUUAUUCAAGGAUAAGAAUUUGUAAAGCAGAGUGAAAUACUCUUGAGCCAAAAUGCUUUCAGCAGCCCAAUUACUCGAUGAGUUGAUGGGCAGAGAUAGAAACUUGGCCCCAAACGAAAAGCGAUCAAACGUGAAAUGGGACGACGAAAGUGUUUGUCGAUACUAUUUAUGUGGCUUCUGUCCUGCGGAGUUGUUUACUAACACCCGCUCUGACUUGGGUCCAUGUGAGAAAAUCCACGAUGAAAAUCUAAGAAAAUUGUACGAGAAGAGCUCUCGGUUCAUGAAGGAAGGUUAUGAACGAGAUUUUCUGCGGUACCUGCAGUCUCUUCUGGCAGAAGUGGAACGUCGGAUUCGCAGGGGACACGCUCGCCUUGCGCUCUCCCAAGCUCAACAGAAUGCAGGGGGUCCUGGUCCAACUGGAAAGAACGAGGAGAAAACUCAUGUAUUAACCGACAAGAUUGAAGACUUAGUCGAACAGAUUGAGGAGUUGGGGUCAGAAGGCAGAGUGGAGGAGGCCCAGGGGAUGAUGAAGCUGGUAGAGCAGAUGCUGGGAGAGCAGUUAAAGUAAGAGCGGGAACUGCUCAACUCAACCCCUUCGACCAUCGAGAGCUUUGCAGCCCAAGAGAAACAGAUGGAGGUGUGUGAAGUGUGUGGCGCUUUUCUGAUUGUGGGUGAUGCACAAUCCCGGGUGGAUGACCACUUGAUGGGAAAGCAACACAUGGGCUAUGCCAAGAUCAAAUCUACUGUUGAGGAGCUUAAGGAGAAACUACGUCGUCGCUCAGAAGAACCACCGGGUGAAAACCCAGUGCUAAAGAGAGACAGAGAAGAUAGAGAGCGUGAGAGGGAGGAAAGGGAGAAAAAGCGCAAGGAGGAAGAAGAAAAGGAGAAGGAGCGGGAAAAAGAGAAGGAGCGAGAGAAGGAGCGUGACCGCGAGAGGGACAGAGAACGUGACAGAGAAAGGGAGAGAGAUCGAAGGUCACGACGAAGCCACUCAAACAGCCGUCACUCAAGUCGUGCAUCAGACAGGAAAAGGAGCAGAUCUCGCGACCGUCGGAGGUCCAGGAGCAGAGACAAGGACAGGGAGAGGGACCGGAAGCGCAGCAGGAGUCGGGAUAGAGACAGGGAGAGGAGGCGAAGCCGUGAGCGCUCUGACAAAAAGCGUCGUUCCCGCAGUCGUGACAGGAGAAGGUCACGCAGCUCAGAGCGCAAAUCUCAUCGCCACCGGAGUCGCAGCCGGGACCGAGGUAGAGACAGAGAAAAGGAACGUGACAAGGACAGAGAACGGUCUUCAAAGGACAAAGACCGUAAGAUGGCAGAGGAGAAGAGCAACUCCAAGAAAGACAAGCAUUCGGAGGGCGAAGCAGCUGUCACCAAAUCUUCAUCAGAAGUGGAAGCGAUGGAGACAGAGGCAGAUGCCUCUGGCUCCUCCCCUCUGCUCAAUGGCCAGCAAGAACUCCUCCAAUCUGAAGGUGACACUCAGUCCAAUUAAAACUGAUCUGAUAGGACCUCAGAUCAGGCUCAGGUAAGUGCGUUCUCCUCCUCACUCCUCUCUGGCUCUUAAACCAACCUACCCUUCCCUGCUUCCCCCUCCUAUUCCCAACCUCUCUGCUCCACUGCGCCUCCCCCCUCUCCCCUGCCUUCCCCUUCCUGUUUAUGUUCAGUUUAAUGCCGAUGAAUUCUGUCUUAUGCACUGUAUGCAAAUAUGUUUAUCCUGUUUUUUAAAUAGUGCAUCAUUAAGUAUGCACAGAAGAUGAAGGACUAGGCCCGAUGAAUGAGAAGAAGGUAGAAAACAUUCACACAAAGCCAAGAGGGAAAGGCCAGUGUAGCCCUGAGCAAACAUGCCCAGAGGUACCCCUCGUUUUAUAUCAGUUUUUGAUCCUUGUAGAUGUAUAUUUGUCUCUGUGGACAAAAUAGCGCAAAAACAAUUAACACUUGGAAAUAAAGUUCCUGUUUUAACCUGUUUUUUGUAUCUCAUUAUGUUUUAUAUUUUCAAAAUGUAACCUUUCAACCUAAGAUAAUACACUUUCAAAAAGGAGAGCUAAUUAUCCUUCUCUCCCAUGUGAACGUAGUUGUACUCUCGUCAACAGUGUUAUAAUUUCUUCUACUGAUUAUAAUAAUUUUAAUGCCAGUGAUUUUUGUUUUCUGUCAAGCUUACUGUACCUGAUUUUGCCAUGCAGUGUGUGUUUCGGGUGGGGGUUUUAAGACUGGGGGCUUAACUUAACUGACUAACUGGACGGUAGGGUUUAUUGGAUGAAUUGCAGCUGACUUCCAUACCUCACACAGCGUUGGUGUUGUGAGCGAGACCACAUGAGAAAAGGGCAAAUUAAAAAUCAUGGAUACUCUGUGACUGUCAAACUGUGCAGGUACUCACCCCAGGUACUCCUUUCUCUACCAACAUCCAUUUCUGAAUGCUCUUGCCUGUCAGAAAAAAAAUACAAUUUUCUUCUCCAAAACGUGAACUUGACUUCAAAGCUUGUUUUUGUAAAGUAUUUUUUUAUCUGAUUCUUGGUUUUCUGGGGUUUUUUUUCAGUUUUGGGGGAAAAUGUCAGACGAAAAUAUUUAAAAAAUGCUGAGAUGCACAGACAGCCCGCUUGGUAUUCCCCUGCCAACAUCUGAAACUAUAACUGUGUACUCUUCAUCAAAGUGAAUUUGUCUGGGAUAAAAUUGUAUAUUAGAUUUGUAGUUGUGCAUUCUAACAGCCACCAUCAAAAUGUAAGUAUUGUGAUUAAUUGCAAUCAAUUCUAUUUCAAACUCCCAGCUCUCAUGUCAUGCAGUGUACAUUGGGCCUUUCAGAUUGGAAAGGAAAUAUCAGGCUGUUCUGUCAAUUUGUUAAAGACUUGUAUCAGUUACAAGUUACUAGAGGUUUGAAAUGUGUGUUGUGAAACCUAACGAAUAUAAAAACAGUACCAAGUACUGACUCACUGUGCAUCAUUAGCAAUUUCCUGUGUUAGUUAGCAGGAAAGUGCCAAACAAGAGUUACCUUUAGGAAGUAGAUUAUCCUCACAAUACUCCAGUAGCAGCACUUGUUGCUACAAACCCAUGUUGCUGGCCCUUCUGCUAACAUGACAUUUUUGUGAACAUUUUUCUGCUCAACAGGGAAGCUGGAAAAUCUGGGUGGAAGAAGUGGAAAAGUGCAGCCGUUCUUUCCCUGAGCCUGACACUUCGCUGCUUAAAAACAAGGUGAAAUUGAGUCACAACCAUUAAAACCAAUGUGUAAAUGAGAAUUUUAAGAAACAACCAUUGCUUUUUUUUCUUUUUUGUUACUGUACACAUCAUUUGGCAGGAUAUGGUUAGCUGUGGUUUCUCUUCUGUAUUUGUUGGUCAUCAGUACCAGCUAGAUAUCAUUUUAAAUACCAAAUCUACAAGUCUGCUAUGGGCUUUCUGUUUAAGUUAAAGGAAAAAGAAUCUUUACACAUCUUAGAAACUGCUUGUUUUGUUUUUUGUUUUGUUUGUCGGGUUCGACCUUAUAGCCAGACCUGCUUAAUAACCAAGUCAAACAAAGGCGUUUGUACAGUGUUAGAGCAAUGAUAGGGUGUGUCUCUUUUUUUCCCUUCCACUUAGUGCUCACUAUAAUUGCGCCUGUUCCUUGAUUGUAAAAAUAUAUACUGAUUUAAUUUUGAUCAGAUGAUUUCUUUUUUGAAGACUGAAGACUUGUUUACUUUUGCUCUGCUUUUAAUGUUCAUGAUGUCUCCAUGAAUAAAAAAUAAAUAAAA